GGGGGGCCCGGCGCCCGAGCCGCAGCCCAACGGGGAGCUGGUCAGCCCCACGGGGGGGCCCAUCUACUACAUCUACGAGGAGGAAGAGGAGGAGGAGGAGGAGGAGCCGGAGCCGCCCCCGGAGCCCCAGAAGCCCGUCAACGACAAGCCCCACAAGUUCAAGGAUCAUUACUUCAAAAAGCCCAAGUUCUGCGACGUCUGCGCCCGCAUGAUCGUGUGGGGGGGGGCACCCCUGGAUGGGGGGGUCUCUAGCCGAGCAGGUUCCAGGGCUGGGACGUUUCAUCGAUUCUUCCUCCCCUCCCCCCCAGUCAACAACAAAUUCGGCCUGCGGUGCAAGAACUGCAAAACCAACAUCCACCAGCACUGCCAGUCCUACGUGGAGAUGCAGCGCUGCUUCGGAAAGAUCCCCCCCGGGUUCCGCCGGGCGUACAGCUCCCCCCUCUACAGCGACCAGCAAUACGCCUGCGUCAAGGAGCUGCUCU